AUGGUUGGGCUGACAGCAGGAAAACCAGUGGGGGGUGGCUGUGAGGUGGGAGUUGAGGAGAGGGGGGUGAAUGUGGGAGAGGGGGCAGGGCAGUACACUGGGAGUGUAGAAGAGGGGGGUUGCAGCAGGGGUAACUAUGUAGGGGGAGGGACAGUGAAGUUGGUGGAUGGUGGCAGUCGCUGUGCUGGGAGAGUGGAGAUUCUUCAUGAUGAUCAGUGGGGAACAGUGUGUGAUGAUAAUUGGGAUAUCAGUGAUGCUGCAGUGUCUGGGAGAGUGGAGGUGCUUCGUGGAGAGUCCUGGUCCACAGUGUGUGAUGCUGACUUUGACCAGCAGGAUGCAGAGGUUGUGUGUCGAGAGCUGGACUGUGGGCUUCCUGUGAAGGUGCUGGGAGCAGCUGCUUUUGGCAGAGGGGAGGGUCAGGUGUGGUCAGAGGAGCUUCAGUGUAGAGGCAACGAGUCUCAGAUUCACUUCUGUCCAACAUCAUCUUCACUCAAACACAACUGCACCCAUGACAGUGAUGUUGGUCUGGUGUGUGCUGUCAGUGUGAGGUUGAUGGAUGGUGGCAGUCGCUGUGCUGGGAGAGUGGAAGUUCUGAAUAGAGGACAAUGGGGAACAGUGUGUGAUGAUUACUGGGAUACGAGUGAUGCUGCAGUGGUGUGUAGAGAGCUGGGAUGUGGGGAGGCUCUACAUGCACUGAAUAAUGCUUAUUUUGGACCAGGAUCAGGACCAAUCUGGAUGAAUUAUGUGCAUUGUAAUGGGUCAGAGUCUACACUGAAGAACUGUAUUUUUCUAGGAUGGGGUAAACAUUACUGUCAUCAUAAUAAAGAUGCUGGAGUCAUUUGUUCAGGUACUCAUCACUACAUAACCACUUACAUUUUUGGUGUCAAAGAAAAACAGGACAGUGAAGUUGGUGGAUGGUGGCAGUCGCUGCGCUGGGAGAGUGGAGAUUCUUCAUGA